AUGAGCUCAAAUUUAGUUGGAUUUGCGAAAGAAUUAAGUCGAACAAAAUCAGGAGAUCUACCAGAGAAAUUUUUGCAACUUGAUAAUAUCUUACAAAGAUCAAAGUCAAUAACAAGUGUUAAACAUGAAAUAAUUUCACUUGAUAUAUUACCCAUUCUAUUACUAACACUAAGACAAGAUUUUACAGCGGUACCAAAUGGAUGGCGUUUAGCUUCAAUUAGUCUCAGUAAAUUAGCUUGUUCAUGCAUGUGUGUUGAAUUAGAUAGAAAUAAUGCUAAAACAAAACAAUGGUCAACUAAAUUUUAUGAUCAAUAUCUUCCACAAGGUAUUGAUAGUUUUAUUUUGCUUACACGACAUAUGCAAGAUCGAUAUACGCAAGAGAAAAAGUCUCAUAUUGGACAAGACUAUUUGAGUUUUAUGAAUACAGUUAUAAGUAAUCUUCUUGAACUAUUGACUUUUCAUGCUAACGAAUAUUCACUAAUUAAGCAAAUUUUGGUUUCUCCAAAAUUCAUGGAGUUAUUUCUUACGGAUGAUGUUUAUCUUUGUUCACUAAUGACUAACAUGUUUGAAGAUGUUAUUCGAAAGAGCGGACGUUUAACAGGUGCAAGUGUAUUUUAUGAACUAUCAAAUAAAUUAAAACAGGAUUAUGUCAAUGAACUUGCUUAUAAAUUAACUGUAUUUGAUAAUAAUGAUGUUGGAAGGGCAGCUGUACGUGCUUUAAUUGCUGUUUGUGAAACUGAUCCAAAUAUUGUUUUUCUAUUAGCCGAUAAAUUCAAAGGUUUGCCUACAAUUUUACAACGAUGGCAUGGCCGAGGUUUUGGAAUGGAUCUACAAGAUUUACUUGCUAUUCUAAAUCGUGGUGUCAAAGGUGGCCAUUAUUCGCGUGAAUAUCAAAGAGAAAAUUAUGCUGCAAGUAAAAUUCAAGCAUUAUGGCGAGGUCAUACUUCUAGAAAACGAAUGGAAAAAGCAAAUCAAGCUAUGAAACAAUUUCAUAAUAGUUUUAGAAAGAGAAAAAGAAGAGAAACUGAAAUAAAAGAGGAACAACGUCAACGAGCCGAAGUUCAAUAUCUAGCAACACGUGAUCAUUAUCGACGGUUACGUCAAUUUAAACUUCAACAAAUACAAGCUAUUCAAUUGUUACCUGCAUCUGAAGUAGAAAAAUAUCUUGAAAUUCAACGUUUACGAAGUGCAACAAAAAUCCAAGCAGUUUUUCGUGGUUAUUUACUACGACGUGUUCUAGCUGAUGGUGGCCAUGAUCGUCUUAUUAUGAAUCGUGCUGCACGUCGUAUUCAACGUUCAUUUCGUCGUUAUCGCCAAAGAAAACAAGCUGAACUUGAUCGACGUCAAAAACGAUUAGAAUAUAUUAAACCGACGAUACUUACGGAAGCUAAACGUGAAGAAUUAAUUGAACAAAUAGAGAAAUGGAGAAGUGAACGAGCACCAAGAGCUAUGUCUGAUGAAGAAUUUCUUGCACUUCAUGGACGUGCACAAGAACAUCUCAAUCGUUAUGUAACUACAAAUCGAGCAUGGCGUAGAAUUGAACAACGGCAACGUUUAUUACUUCACAUGUUGAAUAAUGAUUCAGAAUUUCUUCUUUCAAAUUAUCCAAAAUUGAAAUCUGCCAUGGAACCAAAUAAUCAAACAAUCUUAACAACAAAUCAUCUCGAUCAAGCAGCAACAUAUCUCAAUCAUCCAUCGUCAGCAAUUCGUUAUCGUGCACGAGAAGCACAUAAUGAAGCAUUAAAAUAUGCACGAGCACCAUGGUAUAAAGGUUUACAAAUAGCUAAUACGCAGGAUGAUGACGACGACGACGAUGAAGAUGAAUAUUUUAAUCGUGGUGGUCUUGAUGAUUUUUCUCGUAAUGAUAUUCUUAGUAAUCCAGUUAGAUUUGAGUAUGAAAAACGAAAGUUUCAUCAAUUUACUCCAAAUACAACUACAUCUUCAAUUGAACAUCAUCAAUAG